AAAAAAAAAAAAUCCAUACGUUCAUCAGAGAGAGAGAGUUAGGGAGAGGACAAGAGCGAGCUGAUCUUCGUCUUCGAUCUCCGCUCUACAGCCUGCUCCUUCUCUUUCCAAUUCUUCCGACGAAAUUUCGCGCCAAAUUAUAUUAGGCUCUGUUUAGGUUCGAUUGAGGAGUAAAAACCGUUGACAUAGUAAACAAGAAGAAGAAAUCUUCAAAGCUUUGUUCGUGGCUUACUAGUGUUUCUAUUGGAAGAUGGCUCAGACUCGGCAGUUUUGAUAGCUUCUUUAAUUAUACGACAGUUGUACUUAUUUAUGAUGUGGGGUUUUGCUGCAAAUGCCAUUUCAAAUAUUGGACUGAAGAAGAACUUGAUCCAUCCGAGUCAACCUAGUGCAGAGUGCUCAGAUGAUGAUGCCUGUUCUAACGGCAGCGGAGAAGAAGGGCUUGAGUGUCCCAUAUGCUGUGAAUCUUUCAAUAUUGUUGAGAAUAUACCAUAUGUCUUAUGGUGCGGCCAUACUUUGUGCAAAAAUUGUGUAAUGGGGCUUCAGUGGGCUGUCGUGAAAUUUCCCACUCAACAGUUUCAGGUUCCACUUUUCAUUUCCUGCCCUUGGUGCCACCUGUUAUCGUUCCGGCUGGUUUACAAGGGUAAUUUGAAAUUUCCUCGCAAGAACUUCUUCCUUUUAUGGAUGGUCGAGAGCUUGAAUGGAGACAGGGUUAAGUUUGGAUCCUCCUCUGGUGGGGAAAAUCAACAGGUUUUGCAUCAAAACAGAAAUUUAGCCGUCGGAAAUGCAGGUUGUAGCGGUAACCACAGGAGGGCCUCAUUUUCUGGUUAUACUGGACCGUCAAGAGAUAACGGUGAUGAUGGUGGCAGCCACGUCGAUUGGCACUAUUUUUCCCUUUACAGAUCUCUUGAUUUCGUUAUUCACUUCACGUCCAAGUUCCCAUUAGUCAUCAUACUUCUUUUGAUUGUCUUCUUUGUUAUACCUGGAAGUGCUGUCAUCUUGACCAUCUACUUUAUACUCACUGUUCUUUUUGCAAUUCCGUCUUUCUCGGUAUUGUACUUUGCAUACCCUACUUUACAGAGGCUGGUGAGAGAAAUAAUCUCAUGAGACCUGAUAUUUUUAUCACGUCAGAAAAUCAUGGAAAUCAGUGCUUAUGCCUUUUCUCGUUCUUGCUACAUUGUUUAGAACUCGUCCCCAUAUGUCAUUUUGAUGCAUGAAAGCUUGUAAGCUGUUAUAUGGUAUUUAUCACAGAAUGGAAGUUUCAAGAGACUCUGAGGCAUUUUUCUGUGAGUAAUCACUCGCACUUUUGAGAACUUAUUGUAUGAACCUGAGAGAGCACUUUAUAUUGCUCAAUUGGUUUUGGUUACGAUAAUAUUUUUGUUGGUGAUUUUGCAGAAAACUCUUAGGGAUUUUUUGGGAGUCAUUUAGUGUUUUUCUUAAAUUCUGUGAUUGUAACCUUCUAAUAGUCAUUGUUGGGGUACAUGCAGCCCUUUGAACUUCAGUUUCCCUUAUUAAAUUGGUGGCGUCGGUGCAUGUCAUCUAUACAUUGCUCCUAAGUGAAACUUCUCAUAUGGAAUAUAUAUUUUUCAUGUAUUCUCUUUUGUAAUUGUAGCAGUGAUAUGGACAAUGGAGGAAAUAAAUAAGGCAGGAAGGAUGUG